AUGUCGUUUGAUCUCAGCGGUAAUUUGCCCAUUAAGUCAGUGGAUGUCAGUCAGGUUCUAAAUGAAUACUUUCGGGAAGAGAUCUGUCAGACAAUUAAAGAAUUUAGCGAAUGGCGGAGUCCUCCCAAGGAGUCCUCCAAGCGGUGUGGCGCUGCAGAGUUCAGGUGGAGUCCUCCCAGAGAGUCUUCCAAGCCUGUGGAGGCGCUGCAGAGCGCGGUUGAAGUCAUCCAGUUUGACCUCCAUGACAGUGGUGGCGCUGCAGAGACGAAUGAAGUCCUCCCAGGAGUUCUCCGGGCCAGUGGUGGCGCUGUCACAAUCAUUUUGAAUGGCAGAACAUGCCCAAAGGGAGACCAAGGGUCACGACGUCGGGGGAGCCGCCCCGCCCAUACCAGCGGGAAAGCGGCAGCCGCCCGCCGCGGUGGGCGGGGCGCGGGGCGGGGCGCCGAUGGCGGGCCCGCUUUCCCAGGCUGCCCCGCGGCGGCGCAAGUGGCCUAUCUCGGGCAGCGGGGGGCGGUGCGGCGCGUGCGCGGGACGCAUCCCACCCCCCCCCCCUCCCCCACCUCCUCCCCCUGCUGGAGCCUCGCGGCCGCAGGGCCCGGGAGCCGCUGUUUGAGCAAAAAAAAAGGGGGAGACCGGGUCCUGCAGCGUCAGGGUCCUGAGCGCAAAACUAAACCCCGGCUCCCCGUUGCAAAGCCAAACAGCGUGCAACCUCACCAUUGCAGAAAGCCAGGGCGGAUGCAUCGAGUGGAGGCCGAGGCCUGGGCCUGGGAGGCCUUGCCCAGGGUGAAGGUGGAGCAGAUCGAGAGGGAGUCACCGACUCGGACGGCCAGCCAGGAGGAGGCGAAGGAUGACGGCGUGGCGCCGGGCUCCCCACCCUCUCCUUUGCCGGGGGACGAGGGCCCCGCGUCGCCCUCCGAACCGCCCUGGGCCGGUCCCGACCAGAAGCCCGGAGCCCGGGAUCCCGAGGAGCGCCAGGACGCCGGCGACGAUGACGCCCCCCAGUGGCUGCCGAGCCCCCCUACGAAACCGGAGCCGGAGGGGCAGCGGCGGUGCCAGGCCGGGGACCGCCUCUUCCAGUGCUCGGUCUGCCAUGGCUCCUUCCGCAGGGCGUCCGACUUCUUUGACCACCGGUGCCCGUCGGGGGAGGCUGGGCCCCGCUGCCAGUGCUCCCCGGGCAGCAGCCAGCCGUGUCCCCGGUGCCCCACCGCCCAGGAGAAGCCGUGCCAGUGCAGCGCGUGUGGCAAGGUCUUCCGCCGCCUCUCAUCCUUCCUGGUGCACCGCUGCGCCCCCCGGCCGACGGCCAAGGCCCAACAGUGCGACAUCUGCGGCAAGGGGUUCACCCAGUCUUCCAGGCUCGCCGACCACCGGCGGACCCACACCAGCGAGCGGCCGUUCAGGUGUGACGUCUGUGGCAAAGUGUUCUCCCAGUCGUGCAAGCUCCUGGCUCACCAGUGCAUCCACACCGGAGAGAAGCCGUUCCGGUGCCCAGCGUGUGGCAGGUCCUACAACCGCCUGGACAACCUGAGGCGGCACCAGCGCUCGCACCUGGUGGAGCGCCCGCACGUCUGCCCGGUGUGCGGGCGGGCGUUCACCGACCCCGACCGCCUGCUGGCCCACCAGCGCACCCACUCUGCUGACAAACCCUUCCGUUGCCCGGUGUGCGCGCGGGGCUACGCCCGGUCGGCCAAGCUGGCCCUGCACCGGUGCCCGCGUGCGGCGCCGGCCUCCGGCGGGGAGCGGCCACACCGCUGCGGGGACUGUGGCAAAAGCUAUAGCCAGCCAGAGAACCUCAGGAGGCACCGGCGGAGCCACGGCCGGCCCCGCAAGGGGCUGCACUGCCCUCUGUGCCAGAAGUCAUUCAACCUGUUCUCCACCUUCCUGGCACACCAGGCCCUGCACACUGGCGAGAAACCCUUCCGCUGUGCCGUCUGCCACAAGGGGUUCGGCGCAUCGCACUCCCUGCUUGCUCACCAGUCCAUACACACCGGGCAGAAGCCCUACCGGUGCCAAGUAUGCGGAAGCAGCUACAACAGGUUAGACAACCUCCGGCGACACCAGCGAUCACACCAGAGCAGCCUCCAGCUGCCCCAGGAUGGAGGGGGCAGGAGGCGGAGGAGGAGGAGGGUGACCGUCACCAUGGCGGCUAAGGCUACCCCAGAGGAGCCGGCCACCCAACUCCAGCCCGCCUUCCAGUGCGACGUGUGCGGAGAGUCGUUCGCCGAGCCCGCGGCCCUCCGGGCGCACCGGAUGAGCCACGAGGAGCCCUCCUUCGGCUGCGACGUGUGCGGAGAGUCCUUCGCCGAGCCCGCGGCCCUCCGGGCGCACCGGAUGAGCCACGAGGAGCCCUCCUUCGGCUGCGACGUGUGCGGAGAGUCCUUCGCCGAGCCCGCGGCCCUCCGGGCGCACCGGAUGAGCCACGAGGAGCCCUCCUUUGGCUGUGACGUGUGCGGAGAGUCCUUCGCUGAGCCCGCGGCCCUCCGGGCGCACCGGAUGAGCCACGAGGAGCCCUCCUUUGGCUGUGACAUGUGUGGAGAGUCGUUCGCGGAGCCCGCAGCCCUCCGGGCGCACCGCCUGGGCCACGAGGAGCCCUCCUUUGGCUGUGACGUGUGCGGAGAGUCCUUCGCUGAGCCCGCGGCCCUCCGGGCGCACCAGAUGAGCCACGAGGAGCCCUCCUUCAGCUGUGACGUGUGCGGAGAGUCCUUCACCGAGCCCGCAGCUCUCCGGGCGCACCGGAUGAGCCAUGAGGAGCCCUCCUUCGGCUGCGACGUGUGCGGAGAGUCGUUCGCCGAGCCCGCGGCCCUCCGGGCGCACCGCCUGGGCCACGAGGAGCCCUCUUUCGGCUGCGACGUGUGCGGAGAGUCCUUCGCCGAGCCCGCGGCCCUCCGGGCGCACCGCCUGGGCCACGAGGAGCCCUCUUUCGGCUGCGACGUGUGCGGAGAGUCCUUCGCCGAGCCCGCGGCCCUCCGGGUGCACCGGAUGAGCCACGAGGAGCCCUCCUUUGGCUGCGACGUGUGCGGAGAGUCCUUCUCCGAGCCCGCGGCCCUCCAGGCGCACCGGCUGGGCCACGAGGAAAGGCAGGGCUGUCACCGCUGCGAAACCUGCGGGGAGACGUUCGCCGAGCCGGCCGAGCUGCUGGCACACAGCUAUGUGCACACAGGGCAGCGUCCCUUCGCCUGCGCCAUCUGUGGCCGCAGCUUCAGCAAGGCGGCCUCCCUGUGUGCUCACCAGGCUGUCCACACUGGCCAGAAGUCCUACCGCUGCGAUGCGUGUCCCAAAAGCUACAACCGGCUGGACAACCUGCGGCGCCACCAAAGAGUCCACCUCGGGGAGCGCCCCUUCCGCUGUACCCUCUGCGGCGAAGGCUUCAUCUCCUCGGCUCUCCUGCGCGCCCACCGAGCUGCCCAGCACCCCGGCUACGCCCGACCCUCCUCCUCCUCCUCCUCAUCGCCUCAGCCACCUCCUCCUCCUCCUCCCGCUCCGGCCGCUGAGCGCCCCACGUCCCCCGACCCAGUGAUCCAUGUGGCGACGCGCUUCGAGUGCAGGGUGUGCGGCGAGGUCUUCGCCGACUCUCUAGGGCUGCGUGCACACCGCUCACUCCAUCUUGAGCCGUCGUGCCAGUGCCCCGAGUGCGGUGAGAUCCUCGAAGACCCGCCCUCACUCCAGGCUCACCGGGCCAUCCACCGGGGACGCUCCUACCGGUGCACCGAGUGCGACCAGGCAUUCAGCGACCCGUCCUCACUUCAUGCUCACCGGUUCACCCACGAAGACAGCUCCUACCAGUGCCCUGAGUGUGGGGAGAUCUUCAGCGACUCUUCUUCACUCCAAACACAUCGAUCAAUCCAUGAAGACACCUCCUACCAGUGUCCUGAGUGCAGGGAGAUCUUCGAUGACUCAUCCUCACUCCAAACUCACCGCCUGACCCACAUAGACACCUCCUACCAAUGUCCUGAGUGCAGAGAGAUCUUUGAUGACUCAUCCUCGCUCCAAGCACAUUGCCUGACCCAUAUAGACACCUCCUACCAAUGUCCUGAGUGUAGAGAGAUCUUUGGUGACUCAUCCUCGCUCCAAACUCACCGCCUGACCCACAUAGAGACCUCCUACCAAUGUCCUGAGUGUAGAGAGAUCUUCGACGACUCAUCCUCGCUCCAAACUCACCGCCUGACCCACAUAGACACCUCCUACCAAUGUCCUGAGUGUAGAGAGAUCUUCGACGACUCAUCCUUGCUCCAAACUCACCGCCUGACCCACAUAGACACCUCCUACCAAUGUCCUGAUUGCAGAGAGAUCUUCGACGACUCAUCCUCGCUCCAAACUCACCGCCUGACCCACAUGGAGACCUCCUACCAAUGUCCUGAGUGUAGAGAGAUCUUCGACGACUCAUCCUUGCUCCAAACUCACCGUCUGACCCACAUAGAGACCUCCUACCAAUGCCCUGAGUGUAGAGAGAUCUUCGAUGACUCAUCCUCGCUUCAAGCACAUUGCCUGACGCACAUAGACACCUCCUACCAAUGUCCUGAGUGUAGAGAGAUCUUUGACGUCUCAUCCUCGCUCCAAACUCACCGCCUGACCCACAUAGAGACCUCCUACCAGUGUCCUGAGUGCAGGGAGAUCUUCGAUGACUCCGCCUCCCUCGCGGCUCACCAGCUCAUCCACGCGGAAGCCGGUUACCAGUGUGCCGGCUGCGGCCAGAGCCUGGAGGGCGCCCUGGCCCUCUCUGCCCACCGGUGCCCCGCUGCAGGGGCCGAUAAGCCCUUCCGCUGCCUCCUGUGCGGCAAGGGCUUCAGCCAGGCCAUCUCGCUGAGGAAGCACCGGUGUGCCGCGCCGGCUGGAGUGGGCGGCGCCGGGCACGGUUGGGCUUCCCCGGGACCCCCUCCAGCGCCCCGGGGGGCCCGGCUCUCCUCUCGCCCAGGGGAGCGGUGCUUCCGCUGCGAUGCGUGUCCCAAGAGCUACAACCGGCUGGACAACCUGCGGCGCCACCAGAGGGUGCACCUGGGGGAGCGCCCCUUCCGCUGCACCCUGUGUGGCGAGGGCUUCCCGUCGUCGGCCUCGCUGCGAGCCCACCGGGCAUCCCAGCACCCGGACGCCGCUCGGCGAAAGGGCUACGGCUGUGGGGCGUGUGGCGAGACUUUCGCGGGAUCCGCACAGCUCAGCGAGCACAGGUGCAGCUGGCCGUUCCGCUGGCGUGGGGAUGGGGAUGGGGGGGCAGGCGCCCAGCCCCCGCUCCCUUCCUCCUCGCCCCCCGCCUCCGCGUCCCCCGCCCCGCCCGCCGCCUCCCCUGCCCGCUCCGCGGCCCGCUCUCCCUCUCCAGUCCUCGUCCUCCAGAGCCCGGACACGGCACCUCACCUCCCCCUGGGGUGCGAGGCUUGUGGCGAGGACUGCGCCGAUGCCCUCUCACUGCAGACCCACCGCCUCCUGCACACCUGGGGGCGCCCCUUCGCACUGGACGAGCCGCAGCCGGGCCGCGGCGGCGCGGAGGAGGGGGUAGGAGAGGGGGGGGGCUCCGCCCACCCGUGCCCGCAGUGCCGCGCCACCUUCGGCAGCCCCUCGGCCCUGGAGGAGCACCGCCUGAUGCACGCCUGGGAGCGCCCCUUUCGCUGCGACCUGUGCGAAGAGAGCUUCGCGGACUCGUGCGCCCUGACUGACCACCAGAUGGCACACGGCGCGCGGAGCCCCGGCAGCCCCCCGGCACCCAGCUCCCCACCUGGUAAGAGCGGCGCCCCCCCUCAUUGCCCCCCAGCGCCGCCCCCGCAGCCAUCUCCGUCCGCCGGCGCCCAGCGGGAGAGGCCCUUCUCCUGCCCGGUGUGCCAGAAAUCUUUCGCCGCUGGCCCGGCGCUGCGGGCACACCAGACCAUCCAUACUGGCAACAAGCCCUACCGCUGCGAGGUCUGCUCCCGAACCUACAACCGAUUAGACAAUCUCCGCAGGCACCAGUCCUCCCACCUCAAGGCCCCUCGCUGACGGGAGCACGGCACGAGCAGUGCCCUCUCCUUCCCAGGCUGCUCUCUCUUUCUCCCACCCACCCACCACCACUUCCUCGCCGCACCCCCCCCCCACCCCUUCCCCAUCCAAAUGACGGCAACGGCUGGGUGCCACAGCGGGAGAGUUUUGUUCCCGUGUCAGGUAAAGGAGCAACAGAUCGGGGAGUGGGGGGUGGGGGGGGGAGGGGGGACAGCUGUUGUGGAGGCUUUAGUCUGCGUCUAACUCCCGCGCCAUCCCUGUUCCCGGGAGUGUUUGAUGGGUGCGGCGCUCCCUCAGUACCAACCUUCUGACAGUCUGGCACUCCUUCAGCAACGACCCUCCCUCUGUGCCCAGCUCCCUCAGCACUGACCCUCCGACAGUGCCCACUGCCUCAGCACUGACCCCCCCCGACAGUGCCCACUCCCUCAGCACUGACCCUCCGACAGUGCCUGCUCCCUCAGCACUGACCCUCCGACAGUGCCCGCUCCCUCAGUGCUGACCCUCCCACAGUGCCCACUCCCUCAGCACUGACCCUCCGACAGUGCCCGCUCCCUCAGCACUGACCCUCCGACUGUGCCCGCUCCCUCAGCGCUGACCCUCCCACAGUGCGCGCUCCCUCAGUACUGACCCUCCGACAGUGCGCGCUCCCUCAGUACUGACCCUCCGACAGUGCCCGCUCCCGCAGUACUGACCCUCCGACUGUGCCCCACUUCUUCAGUAAUGACCCUCCGACAGUGUGGCACCACUCAGCAUUGACCCUCCAACAGCACUGACCGUCCGACAGUGCCCACUCCCUCAUUGCUGACACCCUGACACUACGGCGCUCCCUCAAGGCUGACCCUCCAACAGUGCCCACUCCCUCAGUAUGGACCCUCUGACAGUGUGCACUCCCUCAAUAUUGACCCUCUAAUAGGGCAUCACUCCCUCAGUACUGUCCUCCUGACAGUGCCCACUCCCUCUGCACCCAACCUCCAACAGUGUGGCAAUCCCUCAAUACUAACCCUCCAACAGUGCAGCACUCCCUCAGCACUGACCCUCUGACAGUGCGGCACUCCUUCAGCCCUGACUCACCAACAGCUCAACACUGACCUUGCAACAGCUCAGCACUGGCCCUCCAACAGUGCGGUGCAUCAGAUCAAGCGGCGGUGAAGGUGGGCGAGAGAUGGAGAGAUAGAGGGGUCCCUGUUAUAUGCGGCCCUAGAUGUUGGAUCCUAACAGUGAGAGAGCUGGUUCACUUGCAAUCUCUAUUUAAUAAAAGUCUAUAUCCUCACGUUGCGUUCCCUGUUAGUUAGUAAUUGGAAAAUGUUUGACUGUCUUUCCCACAACCUGUAUGUGGCAUUUUGUUUGUCUGAUUCCUUCCUUGUGAAAACA